AUGGAGAGCCUUGCAAAGCUCACCCUAGACUCGCCGCUCCCCACAGGAAAAAGAGUUCGGAAACACAGCAGCUCCGACUCAGAGGGAGGCCUACCUGAACCGAAACGAGUCGCCCGUCACCUGUUUCCACUGCCCGGUGGCUCUUCUCGACGCCUCUUUGCUACUGAAGAGGAUGACACUCACCACGGCAUCCUUGACAUGUUCCUCUGUACUGAAAACGAUGUCGAUUCGGACGAAGGCGAGGAAGUUUGCCAAGGAGUCACGGGUGAUGGAGAUUCAAUCAUGAGCACGAGGGUGUCGAGUUUCUUCAAAGGUGCUCACAUCCUCAAAGACGAGAUCAGUGAUUCAGAGAUGGUGAUCCUCAACUCUGAGGGGUCAGACCAAGAGCUAGCUCUCCCCAGACAGCGAGCAGACCACGACGACCUCCAAGACACUCUGAUAGGAGAUCUAUCAAGCUCUGACUCGUCAUCCGACGAUGAGCCCAGCUGGAUGAGCCCUAGCCCAGAAGCUAUUGCUGGGUGGGAACGGAUCUUAGAAUCAUGCAACAAGUUUCUUCGCGAGGAAAGUCAACUUUCGCUUGAUACUUUCCUUGACAUGGUAUACGCUUUCACGCCCACCAAGUUUGAUUUCUUGAAGAUCAAGAUUAAACCCUUGAAGUGGGUGAUUGGACUGAUUUGUGGGUGCCCUACCGAAUCUGAUGGACUUGGAGCCUUUCAUGAGGCUUGUGUCGGCUCCCAAGACACGAUCCGUAUUGUUUUGAAGCGAGUCAUUUGUCCUGGACGCCGCCGAUUCUGCAAGGAUACCCUUCUUCACUAUGAUCAUGUAAGAAGAAUGCUCCUUGAAGACGAGAUUGACUGUUCUCGGAUUCGCUGGAUUCCUGACUGGAAGGCCCAGGUGUCCACACACACCAUUGAUCGCAUCACACGUGAGGCUUGGGCUGGCGUUGAACAUUACAACAAGGAGACUGCUCUCCACUUGGCCACUCUCUUUAUCGGCGAUAGGGCAGACUGGAAGUUCUGGGGGGAUCCAGACCGUUACUUUGAGGAUGACCACGCCGAGGUUGACAAGCAUGUGAGCCCCUUCAAGGGGUUGCCAGAGUGUGUAGAGGAGUGA